UAUAUCACGUGACUUCGUGCAGUAAAACUCGGGCUUAGUAUAUAAAAAUUAGUUUUUUUCCAGUAGUGCUGAAGAAAUGGCGGACAAAGACGAAAACGAGAAGACAAUCGAACAAGACUUGGUUGUUACCAAGUAUAAAAUGGCCGGCGCAAUUGUUAACCAGGUUCUGAAACAGGUCCUGGAAAAAUGCGUCGCCGGUGCAUCUGUCAGGGAGACUUGCGAGUACGCUGACAGUUUGUUGCUAGAAGAGACUAGUAAAGUUUUUAAAAAGGAGAAGGAAUUGAAGAAGGGCAUCGCCUUUCCGACCUGCAUAUCUGUCAACAAUUGCAUUUGCCAUUUCUCACCUAUUGCCAGCGAGCCAGAUCUCAUUUUAAAAGAUGAUGACAUGGUAAAAGUUGAUCUGGGUGCACACGUUGAUGGUUUUAUUGCUGUUGUCGCACACACUAUUGUCAUCGGUUCUUCUCCAGAGAAAAAAGUCACUGGUAGGAAAGCUGAUGUAGCUUUAGCUGCACAUUAUGCUUCUCAAGCUGCCUUAAGACUGUUGAAACCUGAUACUGAGACGUACGCAAUAACGGGAACGGUCGAAAAAAUAUGCGGGGCGUACAAAUGCAAGCCGAUAGAGGGUAUGUUGAGUCACCAGCUCAAGCAAUUCAAAAUAGACGGUGAGAAAACAAUAAUACAGAACCCAAAUGACGCACAGAAAAAGGAGCAUGAAAAGUACACGUUGGAGACUCACGAGGUUUACGCGAUGGACGUACUGGUAAGCACCGGCGAAGGUGUGGGACGUGAGCAGGACACCCGUGUUACGAUUUACAAAAAAACUGAAGAGACGUAUCAGCUGAAAUUAAAAACUUCCCGCAUGUUUUACUCAGAAGUAACACACAAACAUGGACUUAUGCCUUUUAAUUUGCGCACCUUCGAAGACGAGAAGAAAGCCAAAAUGGCUGUUGUCGAGUGUGUUAAUCACAAACUGAUUGAGCCGUUCCAAGUUUUGUAUGAAAAGCCUAGUGAGUAUGUCGCCCAGUUCAAAUUUACAGUAUUGCUGAUGCCAACUGGUCCUCACAAAAUAACUGGAUUGCCGUUUGAAAUCGAUUCAUUCCAAUCAGACUGCGUUGUAGAAGAUCCCGAGCUCAAGAUGCUUCUUAAUUCAUCGGCAAACCCAAAAUCAGCAAAGAAGAAGAAAAAGAAGGCAGAGAAACAAGUCGUAGGCGAAGUUGCCAUGGAAGUUGAUGCCAAGGCUUAACAUCAGUCCUACUAAAUCAUACACCCAUGACUUAUUGACAUCGUGCACUCUCAUUUACAUCCUACUCUUACAUCCAACUGAUAUAGUGUCAAGAGUGACGCGUGAUGCUUUCGUAAAACCUACCACGCAAUUGUCCAACAAAUAAAAAAUAAAUUAACCCUCCAUGGACACGAGUGUUGUUACUGUGGCACCAGAUGCUCUUGCACUGCCGCAUAUCUUCCUUGUUAUUAAAAAUAAAAUUUAAAAACUUAAAAAUUUUAAACAAAUGAUCACUUUCAUAUGCGUGUUCAUGGUUGCGAAAGUGUCUAGAUAAACUCUAUCAACUUUUGUUUUGCAUUACGCUCUUGAUCAUUCACAUUAUACUUAAUCUUUUUUUAUUACAUUUUCUCCGUAUUAUACCUCAGAGUAUCUCGAUUUAUCGCAGCGAUAUCAUAACUAAGUACUUUGAUUCAUUGAUUAAUGUAAUAUUAUUUUACAUUGUAAUUAUUAUUCAAUGAGAUCUCUCUGUAAUCAUUGUCUCGGACGGACAUCAGCCUAAUUGAUGUCUGCUUUUUUUUUUUAUUAUUAUAACAAUUUGCAGGAAUUCAAGUGUGCGUAAUUACACUUGUCUAUUAAUUUAUAGUUGCUCUCAUUUAUUUUUUUGAUGAUUUGAAAUAUCAAUUUUCACUUUAGAUAUUGAUAGAUCAAAUAAGCAAUACAUGAGUGAUUUAACUGUUUAGUUUUCGAAAUAUAUUUAUAAAAUUAUAUAAAAGUAAAAAAAAAUAAUUACUAAAUGAAUUUACAUUGUAAAAAUAAACAGAGUGUUAAUUUUGGGAGUAUUGAUAAACUGAUAAUGAUUUACAAA